CCCCUGCCAACACCCACUUCCGCUUUCAGGUUCCUUUGCAUGCUGCUUCCCCAGGCUCCGAGUCACAAACCCUGAGGAACCCGGGCUGCAGGGUCUGAGAGCCAGGCACUGCACCCCCCUCUGCAGGUCUAGGGGGGUCACAGCAGAGAGGGGGAGGGGACGGACACCUGGGGUCCUAAUUCAAUCCACCCGACAUGGCCGGAUCCCCCCAGGCCGGACACGCUGUGAGUCUCACGUGGCAGCACCUCCUGCUGGCCCUGCUGGAAGCGUUGUGUUACAGCCAUGUCUCUGGGUCUUGGACAUCCUCGCUCCCUGGGACCAUCCGGGCUCUGAAGGGUUCCUGUGUGGUCAUCCCCUGCUCGUUCACCUACCCCGGCUCCCGCGAGUCCCUGGGCGGUCCAUUCAACGUGGUCUGGUACCAGUACCGGAGCAGGGGCUACCCUGAGAUCUAUAACAGCAAGGGCACGGCCAGCGUGCUGGCCGAGUACCAGGCCCGGACACAGCUGCUGGGGGAUCUGGAGAUGAAGAACUGCACCCUCCGUAUAAGUCCCGUGCGGAGCGAGGACGCCAUGAGCUACUACGUCUGGAUCAACCCCGACUCUGUCAGGCAUCGCUUCUACGACGUCACAGUCCAGGUGGAGGUGGCAGGUAACUGGAGACCCCCGCACCUCGCACAGGGCAUCCCCAGGGAUACAGCCAAAGGGAGGCUGGCAGCAGAGGGUUCCACCCCAGAGGCGGUCGCAUUGCAGGAUGCCUCGACCUCGGGGGUGCGGGGCCUGGCCGUGAGCGGGGAGCUGCGGGGCCCGGCCUGGGCCCUGGCCAACGUGUCCUGCGCUGCCACCAACGCCCACGGACAGAGCCAGGCCGUGCUGCCCUUUGUGCCCGCAGGGGACGAUAAUUUGCUGCUCAUGGUCUCCAGCGGAGUCAUCGGCGGUGUUCUGCUCCUCUCGGUGCUGGCGAUCGUGGUCUACAAAGUAGCCAGAGCCAGGAAAGAUGAAGAAGAGGGUCCUUCGAUCUACGACAAUGAAGGCAACGGGGAGCAGAGGCCGUCCCUCAACGGGGGGAAGCCGAGCAAGGCGAAGAAGGAUGAGGAGUUCAACCUAUACAGCAAGGAGCUGGGCAUUGACGACUACGAGGCCAUGGAGCGAGUGGAAGACUAUGAGAAUUUAGCAGCAGAAGGAGCCGGACAUUAUGGGAACGUUGGCACUUGGCAGCCGCAUUUGCUGUCUGAGCAGAUCUACUCCAACGUCUAACCCUAGAGCGGGAGCGGACGGGCUGGAAAUGCUUCUGAAUAUCUCUUCUAUUUAAACAAGUGCUUGUAUAGCUAGGAAUAAUAAUAGCUAGAGCCAUGGGGGUGAGCGGUGGGACGGCUGGUGACGACAUGGUGGGGGAAGUGGGAUACGCCUAGACCAUGUCAGGGACUGAGGUAAUAAGUCCAGUCACUGGGAGCAACAUGAUGCUAGCAGUGUGACAAAGAGAGGGGAAAACUGGUGUCAGUAGUGGGAUUUAGCUAGUGUGAACUGGUGCCAAAACUGGGAUCGCUGGAAAACUAACCAAACCACCCAUACCUGUCUAUAGCCACCUGCCCCUGCCAGGGAUGGUUUAGUUCCCACAUGUACCUGUAAAAGACCUCAUGCACCCACCAGCCCCAGGCCGCAUGCCAGCUUCCCUGGGCAUACACUGAUGUCCACAUAACCAUGUCCCCUUGUCACGGCGUGUGGGGGAGACAAGGCCCUGCACCCCCGGCUUCCUGCAAUUCACCAUGACUCUCAGCCAGCCAGUACGUUUAUUUAGAUGACAGGAACCCCAUCCAAGACAGUCCGGUCCAUCUUGGGGGGCCCC